UCCAUCUUGCUGAGUGGUUUAUGUAAUCUCACGGUCUCUCCCUAGUCUGCUCCAGGCGUCAGCUUGGAGAGCCCAACCGCCACGAUGGAUCCCAGCAGCUGGAGCGGCAGCGAGAGCCCUGCCGAGGACAUGGAGAGGAUGAGCGACUCGGCAGACAAGCCCAUAGACAAUGAUGCUGAGGGGGUGUGGAGCCCUGAUAUUGAACAGAGCUUCCAGGAGGCCCUGGCUAUCUAUCCUCCUUGUGGACGCAGGAAGAUCAUUCUCUCUGAUGAGGGAAAGAUGUAUGGUCGAAAUGAACUGAUAGCCAGAUACAUCAAGCUUCGGACCGGGAAGACGAGGACUCGUAAGCAGGUGUCUAGUCACAUACAGGUCUUAGCAAGAAAGAAAGUUCGAGAAAUCCAAGCAGCCAUUAAGGUACGUCUGGCUUUGCCCAGUUGCAGGGGGCUUUUCAUUGCCAUGGUUACAGGCUCUUCCUUUGUUUUCCUCCCCUCCCCUACCCCGCAGGUGUCUAGUCACAUUCAGGUUCUUGCCCGAAGGAAAUCUCGUGAGUUUCAUUCCAAGCUUAAGGUUACAAACAUGGACCAAGCCGUGAAGGACAAAGCCCUCCAGAGCAUGGCCUCCAUGUCCUCGGCUCAGAUUGUUUCUGCCACGGCUAUUCACAACAAGCUCGGCCUGCCAGGCAUCCCGCGCCCAGCCUUCCCGGGAGCAGGGUUAUGGCAGGGUAUGUUAUCGGCUGGUCAGCCUGGAUCCUCACAAGAUAUUAAGCCGUUCACCCAGCAAGCCUAUCCCAUCCAGCCAGUCACAACAGCCAUUUCAAGUUACGAGACCACAGCAGCUCCACCUCCGACAGCACCGGCGUGGCAGGGCCGUUCCGUCGGUACGUCUAAACUCCGACAGGUGGAGUUCUCCGCCUUCCUCGAGCAACAGAGAGACCCAGAGACAUACAACAAGCACCUAUUUGUACAUAUCGGACAGACAAAUCAUUCCUACAGUGACGCCCUGCUGGAGUCUGUGGACAUUCGUCAGAUUUAUGACAAAUUCCCAGAAAAGAAAGGAGGACUGAAGGAGCUGUAUGGAAAAGGUCCCAAUAAUUCCUUCUUCCUUAUAAAAUUCUGGGCGGACUUGAACUGCAACAUUCAAGACGAUAGUGGAUCUUUCUACGGAGUCACGAGUCAGUACGAGAGCUCGGAGAACAUGACCAUCACGUGCUCAACCAAGGUCUGCUCCUUCGGCAAGCAGGUGGUUGAGAAAGUCGAGACAGAAUAUGCGAGGUUUGAGAAUGGACGCUUUGUCUACCGGAUAAGCCGGUCUCCCAUGUGUGAAUACAUGAUCAACUUCAUCCAUAAACUAAAACAUCUGCCAGAGAAAUAUAUGAUGAACAGCGUGCUGGAGAACUUCACUAUCUUAUUGGUGGUGACGAACAGGGACACCCAGGAGACGCUGCUGUGCAUGGCGUGUGUGUUCGAGGUUUCAAACAGUGAGCACGGCGCCCAGCAUCAUAUCUACAGACUGGUAAAGGAUUGAGGGGCUCCGAGCUUCCCCUCCCCCAGCCCCCCCCCCCCACACACACACACACACACACACACACAUACUCUUUUCAUGGACUUACCAACCUCAAGACAAGUGGCAGUGCCUCUACCUGAAAGUCACACCUACAAUGCUUUUUGGUCAUGGUAUUGUGUGAAGUCAGUCGUUCUACAUUUGUUUUAAUAUAAAGUGUUUGUUAUUUGUCUGCAGCUGUGAAUUGCGGUACAGUUGUUUUAUGUUUAAAUACGAGGAUUCUCGUUUAAAAGAUGUUGAGUUGGUCGCUGUCGGAUAUAAAUGUGGCCGUUUCAAGAUAAUUUACUAGAUUAAUUUAGUAAAUGGAACUAUGUGUGUUGUCUUCUUCUGCUUUGUUAUGUAGAUUCAGAAGGAAAAAAGGAUGCUGGCCUUUUCUUUCAGCAGCCUGGUGUGGUCUGUGUAAUAUGUUUGAGUGUUUCUCGUGCGUCCGUAGUUGAUAAUUUGUGAGUGUACAUACUGUAGAGAUACAGUCAUGCACCCACAGCCAAUAGAUUUUCCAAAGAACCUUCACUAACAAAACACAACGUGAACAGUUGGAAGCUCGUGGUUUUGAAUAUUGCUGAAUUACUGCUAUUUUUUCACGAAAACUCUGCUCUCAGUGGUAUGUUUAUCCCUGUUGAAGCACACCAAGUCUUAGAAACUAACAACAGAAUUAUUGCACUGUGAAAAUACAAAAAAACAUUUUGCCUGCAUCUUCUCCCUAAAUGUAGAAAGUCUUACCGACUGCUCAGCGUUUCUGUGCCGCAAACAAGUCUUUUCUCUGACAACUGAUAGGAGGAUUUGAGAUUUUAGACAGGUGUAAGUACUGCGAAGAUUACUCCCAAACAGACUCUCCUCUUGUCCAAAAGCACUUUGUUCCCCCGCCUGGACUUGCCUUAGCGAUGCUAACUUUUUUUUUGUUCAAGCUGUGAUUUUAGAACAACAUUUUCAAUAAUCAGCACAUUAUAAAUCACGUCUAGACAGAAGGCCUUUGUUUCGUGCACCGUGGCUUUGCCCUCGUAGAGGCUCAGAACAUCGCUCUCCUCUGGGCUGCUGGUGUAAGAGCUCCAAACCAGAGUGGCGCUGCCUUCAGGUUCACACUAUGUUCACAUGUUUCUGUGGCCUACGCCGAUCCCGAGCCUUAAACAUGGUAUAGCUGUGAGAACUCCAAAAGAUGCCCCGUAAACUGUGAUCUCCACGCAGGAAAACUCUUUUAUGUUUGCGUUGUGUACGAAAGUCACAAUCUCAUCUGCCAAAGUGUAGAUGUACAGUGCCUUAGAAUACACCAACAUUACCCUGUGCUUUGUUUUCAGUCUAAAAUCAGUUGUGCGGAUCAAACAAAAAGAACUCACUACUAUGUGACUUGGUACAUCUUUACAUCUGCGACAUUGUGUUUCCUCCAUUUGGUACGCUCCUAGAAAUACAGUUUGUGUUGACGUCAAAUGCAGCUCUCCUAUGUUGAAGUUAUACCACAGGUUAUAUUCUCCUCUAACGCUGUAAAUGUUCCUCCAAUAUCAUCCUUUUUUUCUAAGGGUGAACUAUAAACACAAACUGAUUGCCUUUCUUGUUGUAAAAGACCAAAAAUACAGAGAUACAGUUAAUCUUUUGUCCUGUCCUGCAUGGUAGCAAGGAAGUGCCUUCGGUAUACAAUGUCCAGCUUCAAAAAGCUCAAACAGAAAUUUCAAUAGACCAAAAACGAGACAUAAGUUAAACCAAUCACCACAUUGCCUUUUUUAAAGGAUUAUUAUGACAGCUGGAGGAAAGUUGGUUACUGGUAAAAAAAAAGAUAAAUGAUAUAUUCAUUUUCAUUGAUUCACAAAUGAUGUAUUUGAAGAAAAGCUAUUUCUUUGCUUGAGGUCAACGACUGAAAGACCUGCUGAUGAUGUCCAGCCGCUGACUCGCAGGACGCCAACUCGUACGGACACCUCAGCUGUUUGCUCCGCGCACACUUGCAGGUUCAAGUGUGUUUUUAAAAAGGUUUUCGGGAAACAUUGUUUCCUCUCUCCUGAAUCCGCGCGCUCGCACCAUGUACAAAAUACCACAAUGUUACCUUUGAUGAUGCAGCGACACAGCUGUGAUGUCCUCGAGGGACAUGCGCUAGCUUCUAUAAUUUAUCUUUCAGAACGAAAAGGGAACUUUAUUUAAUGAUUAUACACGACAAAUUGUAUAACUUUUAAUGUGGUUGAAAUUGUAUCCAAAACCUGUUUGAGAUGCUGUUUUAAAAACAAAUUUUUUCACAGGUGCUAGUGUGGACGAGGCCGUCAAGGUUAAUGCUUUUCACCAUAAGGACUAGAGCUACUCAUACAAUUAUAAAGUAUUUUAAAGAAAGAAGCUCUAUAUAAUUGCAGACAAUGUCUCUGGUGGAUGCAGAUCAAGUUCAGUCAAUCAUUCAGUAUUUUGCCACGGUCCUGUGGACACUGUGGAAUUUUAAUAGGCUUUCUUUUCUUUACGUUACCCUGUGUAUCUGUUCACUUUUAUUGAUUACUUAGUGAGAUGUUUUCUUAAUGUACUCGUAUCCAGUUGUACUUGGUUUUGUGAUGACAUUGUCUGUAUAUUGCAAGCCCAAUAAGAUGGUAUGGUGAUGUUGCUGCUGCACUGCUGGUUCAACACGAAAACAGCAGGACUGAUGCCUUCGACGGCACGAAUGUCUGGUGGACCAUUUGAGGAGAAAAUGGACACAUAAAAUAAAAAAAAUCAGCCACGUAGAUGAAUCAUGAUAUAAACAUAUCAGCAGUUUAGCUCUUGUUAUUUGUAAUUUUGUCGAAAGAGUAGGUACUGGUACCUUUUUGUUUAAUGACCAUUUUCAGAUGGUGGCUUUAAAGUGAUUUAUCACACGGCUCACAUAUAGUUGUCAUACACACAUUUGGGUUUUGUGUGCAGACUCGGUUUUUUGUUGUUGUUGUAAAAAGGUGCUUUGUACAAAAUGAUAUAUCUUAGCUUUUCUCGGUACAGAUGUGUGAUAUCUUUUCGUAUCCAUGACAGUAAAGUGUUGGACAAAGGAGAGAAAAGGAGCUCUGCUAUGUUUCUGUGUUCUGCAUCGGGUCUUGUCUUUGCUCCGUAACAUUAUGAUGCCUUCUUGAUAAUAGUAGUUUUUCUUUUUAGCUUUCUAGAUACUUUGUAUGUAUACAAUAUUGAAGUUAAAUAAAUCUGAAAAUAGA